UGGGCUGUGAUCGGGGCCGGGGCCGGGUGUGGGUCGGGACUGUGAUGGGGUCGGGGCCGGGUGCGGGUCGGGGCGCUGGCGCACGCGGCCUCCACCCCCAGGCCUCCGAGGAGCUGCUGCGCGAGCACUACGCCGAGCUGCGCGGGCGCCCCUUCUUCGGCCGCCUGCUGGACUACAUGCGCUCGGGCCCCGUGGUGGCCAUGGUGAGGAACCUGGUCCACGGCAGCGACUCUCCGGAGAGCGCCCGCCGGGAGAUCGCGCUGUGGUUCGGCGCGGACGAACUGCUGUGCGGGGAGGACGGCGCCGCGCGCUGGCUGCACGAGUAGCCGAGGUGCCGGCCAGGCCCGGAGCGCCCACCUGCCACCCGGCCCCUCUCCCUGUCUCCUUUCAUAAUAAACAGCCGAAAACCUGUGUCAGGCUCGCGGGCCGGGCUCGGGACG